AGAAAUUAUUCAAUGAGAAGAUUUCGCACAGAAAUUGCUUUUGUCAUUCACAGAGGAGCAAACGGAGCAUACUAUGCGUGGUGCAGUUACAUAUCAAAAGAUAUUGUAAUAGACCAGAGAUAUUGUCCUCCAAAUGAAGAUCUACUCUCAAGAUGGGUUGGAGUGGAGCUGGAUGACGACGAGAUUCAUGCUCGCAAAGUGACUGUUAUGCCAGAUAGAUUCGAAAGCAGAAUAUGGAAAGCAUUUGCGGAGGUGAAAGUGGAGAUUCGACUAGAUGGGAAUUUUCAAAAUCAGUUCAAUGUGUUUUAUAACAGCUAUUUUGGAUUGAUCUGUGAUCCGAAUCACUUUAUUCAGAAUGCCGUGAUGGAUGAUGUAUAUUAUGUCUGGCUUGCGGCAAGAAAACAGCCCGGUGUUGAUUCUAGAUGGGUUGUUGCAGAUAACAAUGGCCAGAUCCAGCAAAGACGUGGCACUCCAGUGAAUAACUAUGACGGCCCACAGAGUAGUAAUGACUACAGAUCUUCACGUCAUCAAUCUCCAGAAGGCUCUCGGUAUGGACAUCGUCAGCGCUCCAUUUCCCCGUUCAGAAAUCAGCAAUUCGAUCAAAGAAACAGUCGUCGGGAUAAUUAUCCAAGAAAUCAGUCUCCACGAGGAUCUCGUCAUUCAAGAUCUCCAAUCAAUCAGUAUAGCGAUGAGAGAAAUAGGUCUCCAAGAUACAACGAUGGCCGUAGUAACCAGAAUGAUUAUGGAAACACUAGCCAAUAUUCGAGAAAUGGUUCUCCGGAUAGAUCUCGUCGUCAAAUACCAAAUGAACACAAUCGUCCAUCGAAUCUUCGUCGUUCGAGAUCAGCUGAAAGAAGACGUUCUCCUACUCGAAGCUAUCGUGGAGCAUCUCCAAGAAGUGAGAUCAUAAAAUAUCCUAAAAUUUCGAAUAUAUCAAAAUAGUGAUCUUGCUCGAUCGAAUAGCGGAUUGUCAACAACUUCGAAAAUUUCACGUGCACCAACGACCGAUUCAGAAGAUUCUGACGACGAUGCUGCUGGAUUCAAUAGAACUAAAGAAACACCAAUUCUAAGGGAUCAAAAACCCACUGCGAAGAAAGAGCGUCCAGUUUCACCAAAAUCUUCCUCCGACUCUGAAGAUUCUGAUGCGAGUUUUCGAAGUAAACUCCCACCGCAUUUUUUCGCUAAGACAAAGGCCAAGACAGCCUCAGGCGCAUCAUCUGUAAAGUCUUUUGCUAGCCAGGAUACUCGCAAUAAAUCCAAUGCGGGUGAUUCUCGUAGUCUUGGAGGGACGAGCAAGAACUUCACAGAUUCCGGCAUGCCAGAUGUCAGCAAACUCAACGUUUCUACUCGAAAUCCAAAACCUGAAAAAACACCCGAACAGCGAGAGAUUAAUAUUUUGAAAUCGAGGCUGAAUCGUAUCAAGGAAUUGCUGUUGUCAUUCACAAAAAAUGAAGCUGUUUCCUCAAAUAUGAAGAUCGUCAACUAUGAAAACUAUGAAGAAUUAAUGCAACUUGUGAACCGUACGAAUUGAUUAACAUUUCAUUUCUUCUCACUGUCAGUAUCUUCAUGUUUAAAAUUUGUUUUUUUUCUCUUUGAUUUUGGAGAUCUUUAAGGUUAAGAUCUCUUUUCUUUGUUUCCCCAGUUGCUCCUUACAAUUAAUGAAAGUUAAAUAUUAUUUCGUCUAUUUAUAAAUUGUUUGAUUCAUGAAA